AUGCGAAGAGAUCAAGGAACGUUUUGUGGGUUUGCGAGAGACAAUGAUAGAAAGAGGGUCAAAGUAAGUAGGUUUGAAGGGUUUAAAAAGAAAAUACUGCCUAUAUUUGAACCUUCUGGACUAUUGGAACUGGAGUCUAAUAGUAGAGAUGGUGUGCAGUUGAAACAUGUUGAACCCGACGAUGCUGUUGUUCUUGAUGAAUUUUGGAAGAAGCAUCAUGUUGAACUGAAGGACCAAUAUAUCGAGAAGUUGAUUAUAUACAGGAAAGGAAGUAAGGAUGCGGCGGCUGAGUACGAUUUGAGUGAAAAGAGUAGUUUUACGGUUGGAAGAGAUAUGAAAACAGAUGCCAAUGAGGAGGGAGACGAUGAUGAUGAAGUUGUUGUUGCAGAUAUCGGUGUGCGGGAAGAGACAUGUUCAAAGCAGCAUUGCGUGAUACAGCAUCGUCUCGUGAGCGGAAUUGUUAAAUGUUAUGUGAUGGAUUUAGAAUCCUCGAAUGGGACAGUGUUGAAUGGGAUACCGUUGCCCUCAGCAAGGUACAUUGAAUUAAAGAGUGGGGACGUGAUUACUCUAUCGGAACAUGAUGAAGAUGUCGAUUAUGAGUUGGUCUAUGUACGCAGUUGA